AUGAUAUGAUGCGCCUCUGGCGGAAAAGUGGUUAGUUGCUUUAUUCCCAACGGCAUCUUUUCGGAGCGCAUUUGAACCAUUUGCUCUCAAAACGCAAGAAUAAAACGCAAGCUUCUAUUUCAACAGGUGUUGACGAGUGGUGAUUCAUCCAAGCCAAAUGCCUCGCCCGUUAUCAGCCCAAACGAGGAAUGAGCAGGUGAUGAAAGAGAGGGCGUCCAAAAAGCUUAUGGUGACGGAUGACCCAAUAGAAAAAUUACGCCUCUUGUGUCUACAGAGGGGCGCUAAGGGAAUUUUAGGUCUGGGAAGGAUUUUCCGACGAAUGGACGACAACCACAGCGGGGACUUGAAUUUCGAAGAGUUCGUGAAAGGAAUCCGAGACACGGGUCUCAACGUGACGGACGAGGAGGCGGAGCAAAUUUUCAAACACUUCGACAAGGACGACUCCGGGACUCUCAAAUACGACGAAUUCUUGCGGGCAGUUAGACCCAAACUAUCCCCGGCCCGAUUAUCUCUAAUAGAAAAAGCCUUCGAAAAGGUGGAUAAGUCAGGUGACGGCAAGAUCACUUAUGAGGAUUUGAAAGGAAUCUAUUCUGUUCAACACCAUCCAGAAUACUUGAAUGGGCAGGCAACUGAAAAGCAACUUCUCAGCAGGUUUCUGAAAAAUUUCGAAGAGAAUGGAGUCGUCGACGGUGUUGUAACGAAAGAAGAGUUUAUCGAUUACUACACUGGAGUGAGUGCAUCUAUUGAUGAAGAUGGUUACUUCGAUCUUAUGAUGCGAACGUCUUGGAAAUUAUAAUCACCCUUUUUUGGACUUUUCGAACAAAAACUGCUGAGGCUUUCUUUCAUUUAAGUUCAUUGUUUUUCACUUUUUUGCAGGUACUUUUGUGCUGCUCUAAUCGCAUCCUUUUUACAAUGAAAAAGUAUUUGAAAUGUGAAUAAAUAAAUAUUUAUUAACUGAA